GCUUCUUUUAACUUCGAAGGAGAAGCUACCAGUCGAUGGUUGAUAUUGAUUUUAUUUGUGCCGGUACUGGUACUGGUAGUGCGUAGAAGGGAGAGAGUCCUUUCAGCGUCGACAUAUCUCGUAUUAAUAGAGUUGCUUUGAAGACUAGAUUGUGACAUCCAGUCAACUGCCAUGUCAGCACCUUACAUGCCUUACGCUUACGAGGUAGCAGAACUGCAGGUAGCCGAAAGGGAAGAUGUUCUUUGGCAUAUACAGAAAGAGGAAUUUGUUCCUGAUAGUGAUUCCGAUAAUGACGACUUAGCAGAGUCAGAUCUAUCUGAACAGGAAGAGGAGUCAGAAGAUCUGGAGUAUGAUGAAGAUGAAGAAGAAGCAUCAAGCAUACCAUCAGGAUCUUCACGGAUUCAAAACCAUCAAGCGCAUGAAGCAUGGAAUACAUCCCCCAGUGCCAAGAGGCGUCGCUUCGUGGUUUCUUAUAACAAGAGUUCGAUGUACAACUGGACAAAAUCUUUUGAGAAAAGAUCAAUCAAGCAAUUUGGCGGCCAACAAGGAGUAAAAGCCUGCCAACUAAAUCACACGUCUACUCCUAUUGACUGUUUUUUCCAAUUUUUCAAUUCCACAGUACUUCAAUUCAUUGCUGACAUGACAAAUCUCAACGCUGUUUGCAAAAUACAUGUGAUGUCCGUUAAAAAAAAAGCUGAAGAAAAAGAGUGGAAAGCUGUCAAUGUGGAAGAAAUGAAAGCUUUCAUUGGUCUGAUUAUUGCGAUGGGAAUAAUCCGUCUUCCAAAUCUCAGACUGUACUGGCAGAAGAAAAAUUGGAUAUUUGAUGUAUCUAGCUUCAACAAAAUAAUGCCAAGAAAACGAUUUUGUGAUAUAUAUAAAUAUCUUCAUUUUUGUGACGAGGCCUUGGCUCGUAGAUCAGAUGAUCAGAAAAAAGACAAGUUGUUCAAAAUUCGUGGAUUAUUGUCGCUUAUAUUGCCCUCGUUUGAAAGCUGCUACACGCCGAGCAGAGACAUUGCAAUUGACGAAACUUUGAUUCCUUUUAAAGGCCGAAUUAGUUUUCGGGAAGUCUCAAAAUCGAAAAAGGCACGUUUCGGAAUAAAGAUUUGGUCGUUGGUUGAAUCCUCCACAGGAUAUGUGUCAAGGCUUCAAAGUUAUACCGGUAAGGAUCCGACAGCAGGCCCAGAGACCGGAUUGGCCUCACGAGUGGUAAAGUAUUUGAUCAAUCCCUAUGAGGGCUUGCACCACCAUCUGUAUGUCGAUGAUUUCUAUACCUGCCCGGAACUUUUUGAAUACCUACUUUCAAAAGGUAUUUAUGCUUGUGGAACUUUUAGAAGUAGUGCUGUGAGCUUUCCAAGAGAGCUUGUUGUGAAGCAGACAAGAGCGAUACGUAGGGGUGCAAGCGACUGGCGGAUGUCUGGACAAUUGCUUGCACAAUCAUGGUUAGAUAAUAAAGUGGUUUAUUUUUUGUCCACUAUUCAUAAGCCGGAAUACGAUUUGGGUGAUGCUGAGAGGACUGUAAAAAGAAAAGGCGGAAGACAUCGUGCAUCAGGUUUUGUAAAAAUACCAUGUCCGCCUCUGCUCAAAGACUACAAUAAGUAUAUGGGUGGUGUUGAUUUGUCGGAUCACAUGAGAAAGUACUAUAAUUUAACCCGGCGAUCAAAGGCAUGGUAUCGCAAAAUAUUUUCGUACAUACUGGAAGUAGCUGUACAUAAUGCCAAGGUAGUUUAUGAAAACCUUUCAGGGGAUAGAUGUACCGAAUUGGAGUUUAGAAUGAAUAUUGUUACCUCCCUUGUUGGGAGCCAUAGAGCUCCUCGAGCACAUGCAGGUCAGACACCAGCAUCAGUAACGAGAAUGCACAAUGCGGGAUCUCACUUUCCAAUAUCCACCAGCCAACAAAAACGUUGCCCAGUUUGCUAUAAAAAGAAGCAGUUGGUGGAUAAGGAUAUCUCGGUUUCGAGGAGUACCGUGAAAUGCAUGGAAUGUAAUGUUCACCUUUGUGUGCGCGAAAGCAAGCAAUGCUUCCGUGAUUGGCACACAAAGGAGGAGUAUUGGAAAUAGUGCUUUUUGUUGGUUGCUUUUGAAAAAGACCGAAAUUUUAUCAUUAAAAUUGACGUAUUCAGAAAUACAGCAACCAAUCAAAUGUCCGGGAUUCGCGGAUCAAUGUAGAUCAUGUUCAUUGGACUGUGUAGAAUGGUAUAUUCUACAUACAUUCCGAUGCUUUCGCGUGUUGUUAUGCAAAUAAAGCUAUGAAACAUUGCCUAAAUCAAUUUUAUUGUAACUUUUAUCUCGGGUAAUUAAACUCAAAUGCGACGA